AAACGCGCAAAGGAUGAACGACGACGAAUCAAUCGCAGUUUCAACGCUUUCUUACUCGACAGUGACGAGGAAGUAGAAGAAUCUGCAGUGGAUUACGAUGGCAUUCUCACUGUCAAUGACGACGGAGAAGAAUCGGACGAUGACACACCGGAAGAACGUGUUUUUGAUGAGGACGGCUGUUCUUUCGAUGUAAAGAAGCUUUCUCCAUACAUCUUCGAGAAGGAAUCCGUCAUUUUCAAGGAAGACGUUGUGGAGAAACUAUUAGAAAAAAGACAAGAUACGACUCGCAGUCAAAAGAGGAUGCUGGAAAUGAUUGACAAACCCGUUGGAAAG